GAUGAUUCUCUGUAGAUUUUCAAUCAUAAAACAAAUAAAUCAUUAUCAAAUUGUAUUCCCAUCAAAACGUUUUAUUGCAAUUGGUGAUCGAAUUUCAUUUAUUAGAAAAAUUACAACUAAAGAUGUGAAUGAUUUUGCCAAACUUACCGGUGAUAUGAAUCCAAUUCAUUUAGAUUUGGAUUAUGCUAAACAAACACGUUAUGGAAAAUGUAUUGUACAUGGAAUAUUAGUUCAAGGUUUAGUUUCUUGUUUGUUCGGUGUACAUUUUCCUGGAAUUGGAUGUGUUGCAUAUGAAAUAAAUUGUAAAUUUCCGGAACCUUUAUUCGUUGAUGAAACAUGUCAAAUAGAAGCUGUAGUAUCUAAACUACGUGGAAGAUUAGCUACUUUCGAUGUAAAUGCUUAUGCACGUGAAAGAAAUGCGAAUGUUCUAGUUGGUUAUUUCAAUGUAUUUCUAACACGUGAACAACUAACUAUGCGACCACCAGUGGACAAUGAAAUUGUUUAUCAUUCGAAUUGAUUUAUUCUUUUUUUCAAUAAAACCAUUCUAGAAAUUUCUAAUUUCAUUUUGUAUAUUUAAUUGUGUAUACAUAUCAAUGUAAUGCUAGUCAAUGAAAUACGAAUACACCAUAAAUGUGUUCCUUGGUCUUUCUGUUUUCUAUUGACCCUGAAAAUUCCAUUCGGGGGAUAGUCGUGUUGUGGUGUGUGCUACUUAUACGAA